CCUCUGUGUAAGGCACUGAGUGGAUGCUGUCUGUCCUUGAGUCGAAGGGCCUGGCCCGUGUUGGAGGCUGAGGAGAACCCCACCUUACAGGCUGCUGCAGUGUGGAGAUCACGCGUGCCGUGGCUGGCACAGUCCACGGCGUGUGCUCAGCUCUGAAUGGGCUUUGGAAACUAGAGGAGAAAAUCCAGUUUACUUUUUGGGGGACGUUGGACAGCCGAAUAAAUGCAGUAUCUCAGUAUAAAGGAGGACUGCAAUGCCAUGGCGUUCUGUGCUAAGAUGAGGAGCUCCAAGAAGGCCGAGGUGAACCAGGUGGCGCCUGAGCCCGGGGUGGAGGUGACCUUCUACCUGCCGGACCGGGAGCCCCUCCGGCUGGGCGCGGGCGAGUACACGGCGGAGGAGCUGUGCAUCCGGGCGGCGCAGGAGUGCUGUAUCUCUCCUCUGUGUCACAACCUCUUCGCCCUGUAUGACGAGAACACCAAGCUCUGGUACGCACCCAACCGUGUCAUCACCGUCGACGACAAGAUGUCCCUGCGGCUCCACUACCGCAUGAGGUUCUACUUCACCAACUGGCACGGGACCAACGACAACGAGCAGUCAGUGUGGCGCCACUCCCCCAGGAAGCAGAAGAACGGCUACGAGAAGAAGAGGGUUCCUGACGCAACCCCGCUGCUCGACGCCUACUCGCUGGAGUACCUGUUCGCGCAGGGACAGUACGAUUUGGUGAAGUGCCUGGCUCCCAUUCGGGACCCCAAGACGGAGCAGGAUGGGCACGACAUUGAGAACGAGUGCCUGGGCAUGGCCGUCCUGGCCAUCUCGCACUACGCCAUGAUGAGGAAGAUGCAGCUGCCGGAACUGCCCAAGGACAUCAGCUACAAACGAUAUAUUCCAGAAACGUUGAAUAAGUCCAUCAGACAGAGGAAUCUUCUCACCAGGAUGCGGAUAAAUAAUGUUUUCAAGGAUUUCCUGAAGGAGUUCAACAACAAAACCAUCUGUGACAGCAGCGUGUCCACACAUGACCUGAAGGUGAAGUACCUGGCCACUUUGGAGACUCUGACCAAACAUUACGGGGCUGAGAUAUUUGAGACUUCCAUGUUGCGGAUUUCAUCAGAAAACGAGAUGAACUGGUUUCAGUCGUCUGAUGGCGGAAGCACCCUUCUCUGCUAUGAAGUGAUGGUGACCGGAAAUCUCGGGAUCCAGUGGCGGCAGAAGCCAAACGUCGUUCCUGCUGAAAAGGAGAAAAACAAACUGAAGCGGAAGAAACUGGAGAGCAAACACAAGAAAGAUGAGGAGAAAAGCAAAGUCCGGGAGGAGUGGAGCAACUUCUCCUACUUCCCGGAAAUCACGCACAUCGUGAUAAAGGAGUCUCUGGUCAGCAUUAACAAGCAGGACAACAGGAAGAUGGAACUGAAGCUCUCCUCCCACGAGGAGGCCUUGUCCUUCGUGUCCCUGGUGGACGGCUACUUCCGGCUCACGGCGGACGCCCACCACUACCUCUGCACUGACGUGGCUCCCCCGCUGAUUGUCCACAACAUCCAGAAUGGCUGCCACGGGCCAAUCUGCACGGAGUAUGCCAUCAAUAAGCUGCGCCAGGAGGGCAGCGAGGAGGGGAUGUACGUGCUUAGGUGGAGCUGCACCGACUUCGACAACAUCCUCAUGACUGUCACCUGCUUCGAGAAGUCUGAGCAGGUGCUGGGUGGCCAGAAGCAGUUCAAGAACUUCCAGAUCGAGGUGCGGAAGGGCCGCUACAGCCUGCAUGGCUCGGACCGUGGCUUCCCCAGCCUGGAGGAGCUCAUGAGCCACCUCAAGAAACAGAUCCUGCGCACGGACAACAUCAGUUUCGUGCUGAAGCGCUGCUGCCAGCCCAAGCCCCGGGAAAUCUCCAACCUGCUGGUGGCCACUAAGAAAGCCCAGGAGUGGCAGCCGGUCUACCCUAUGAGCCAGCUGAGCUUUGAUCGGAUCCUCAAGAAAGAUAUCAUGCAAGGUGAGCACCUUGGCAGGGGCACGCGGACACACAUCUACUCCGGGACACUGGUGGACUACAGGGACGAUGAGGGGACCGCAGAGGAGAAGAGGAUAAAAGUGAUCCUCAAAGUCCUCGACCCCAGCCACAGGGACAUCUCUCUGGCCUUCUUCGAGGCGGCCAGCAUGAUGAGGCAGGUGUCGCACAAGCACAUCGUGUACCUGUACGGCGUGUGUGUGCGCGACGUGGAGAAUAUCAUGGUGGAGGAGUUCGUCGAGGGGGGGCCCCUGGACCUCUUCAUGCACCGUAAGAGUGACGUCCUCACCACCCCCUGGAAGUUCAAGGUCGCCAAGCAGCUGGCCAGCGCCCUGAGUUACUUGGAGGACAAAGACCUGGUCCACGGGAACGUGUGCACCAAGAACCUGCUGCUAGCCCGCGAGGGCAUCGGCAGCGAGAUUGGCCCAUUCAUCAAGCUCAGCGACCCCGGCAUCCCCGUCACCGUGCUGUCCAGGCAAGAGUGCAUCGAGCGGAUCCCCUGGAUCGCCCCCGAGUGUGUGGAGGACUCCAAGAACCUGAGCGUGGCUGCCGACAAGUGGAGCUUUGGGACCACGCUCUGGGAGAUCUGCUACAAUGGCGAGAUCCCGCUCAAGGACAAGACGCUGAUUGAGAAAGAGCGGUUCUACGAGAGCCGCUGCCGGCCAGUGACGCCGUCCUGCAAGGAGCUGGCUGACCUCAUGACCCGCUGCAUGAACUACGACCCCAACCAGAGGCCCUUCUUCCGCGCCAUCAUGAGGGACAUCAACAAGCUGGAGGAGCAGAAUCCAGACAUCGUUUCAGAGAAACAACCGGCCACCGAGGUGGACCCCACCCAUUUUGAGAAGCGCUUCCUGAAGAGGAUCCGCGACCUGGGAGAGGGCCACUUCGGCAAGGUGGAGCUCUGCAGGUACGACCCCGAGGGGGACAGCACCGGGGAGCAGGUGGCCGUCAAGUCCCUCAAGCCCGAGAGUGGAGGCAGUCACAUCGCCGACUUGAAGAAGGAGAUCGAGAUCCUGCGGAACCUCUACCACGAGAACAUCGUCAAGUACAAGGGCAUCUGCACAGAGGAUGGUGGAAAUGGUAUCAAGCUCAUCAUGGAGUUCCUGCCCUCUGGCAGCCUGAAGGAGUAUCUUCCUAAGAACAAGAACAAGAUUAACCUCAAGCAGCAGCUCAAAUAUGCCGUUCAGAUCUGUAAGGGCAUGGAGUACCUGGGCUCCCGGCAGUAUGUCCACCGUGACUUGGCAGCCAGAAACGUCCUGGUGGAGAGCGAGCACCAGGUGAAGAUCGGGGACUUUGGGCUCACCAAGGCCAUUGAGACUGACAAGGAGUACUACACAGUCAAGGACGACCGCGACAGCCCCGUGUUCUGGUACGCGCCAGAGUGCUUAAUUCAGUGUAAGUUCUACAUCGCCUCCGACGUCUGGUCUUUCGGGGUGACGCUGCACGAGCUACUCACGUACUGUGACUCAGACUCCAGCCCCAUGACCUUGUUCCUGAAAAUGAUAGGCCCAACUCACGGCCAGAUGACAGUAACCAGGCUUGUGAACGCCCUGAAGGAAGGGAAGCGCCUGCCGUGUCCACCCAACUGUCCCGAUGAGGUUUAUCAGCUUAUGAGAAAAUGCUGGGAAUUCCAGCCCUCCAGCCGGACAACCUUUCAGAGCCUUAUUGAAGGAUUUGAAGCACUUUUAAAAUAAGAAGCAGGAGUAACAUUGAAAUUCCACUGUUUAUCCAGCCCGCCUACCACAGCAAAUACCCAAGACAUUUGUAAAAAGUGAUGGAAAAGCUUGCAUUCUGUCUGAAAAGUCCCGCAACAGACUUGGGUGUGGGUGCGUCAUGUGCACUGGGGUGCCGGCCGUGCGUAGGAACGUCCUCUGUUAGUUGGGCGCCUCCUAAGUCCGGUGACAGUGACAGCCCAAGCCCCGGAAGGCACCUAAGCACUCCUCAUGGAAAGGACGUCCCCGUGGCAGUCACAGGCCGAGCAGGACCGGUGCAGGACGGGGGUCGACCACGUGCCCGUCUCAGAUGGUUGCUCCUCCUAGGUCCAGGUGGCCCAGCUGCUUUCUGGCACAUUACUCUUGGGCAGGGGCAGAUGGCCUUGGUGGCCGGGACUGCUGAAGUGCCCUCAGAUUUCAGCAGCCCUGCGGGGCAGGCCGAGCGCUCUAAGGUCCUAGGCCCAUACUAGGCUGGUGUGCUCUGUCCCCCUGCAGGACUGCGACUUGGAGCUGGGCUCAGGUGGUGCAGCUGCCGCUCGCACUCUGCUCAGGGGCUCCGCUGCUGUGUACUCUGGCUCUGCACGGGACAGUGUGGGAUUCACCCCUGCUGCAUGUGACAUCUUGAGAACCUGCCGUGCCCACGCUGUCCCCAGCGUUCUCUAGCUGCACAGACUCUCGGAUCUGGAUGCUCGGACACACGCUUCGAAAACGCUGCUGCUGUGCAGGAGGCCGCGCCAGCCCCGUGGGACGCUGUGCGCGGGGAGAGCAUGUACCCUGACACCGCGUUGCUCCGAGAGUUUCCAGCGCCAGCCACCACCCAGAAGGGCCAGUCACCACUCUGACCUCUCCCUGAAGUGCGGAACGUGGAAGAAAACAGCAGCUCUAGAGCUCAGGAUCCAUGCAGCUGUUCUUAGUUUGUUCGAUGGUAGCUGAGUAACCCCAGAUGUUAGUCUCUGGGUCAGAGUGAGCUGUGAAGUUCUUCAUGACCAGCGUGCAGAGCCGCUGUUUGUGCUGUCCAGUACGCGUCUGACACGUUAUCUUCACCUCCCGUGCGCGGUCAGCACUGCCUGCAGGACAGAGUGAGCUUGCCACUUUGACUGGUCCUGUUUCCCUACAUCACAGCUUCUCUGUCUGUGUCAAACCUGUGGCCAUUCUAUAUGCACUUUGUUUACUCUUUAUACAAAUAAAUGUACUAGAGACCUCA